AUGCGACCACCCACACUGGAGGUGACGGAGGCCGAGUUUGAUAGGGUUUUCAACGUCAAUGUCAAAGGAAUAUUCCUGGGGACUGCGGCAUUCAUGCCCAGGGUCAUCAAGCAGGGCGAGGGCGGUGUGAUGCUGAAUAUUGCUUCAAUUGGAGCGGUGCGACCGAGACCCGGUCUCGUUUGGUACAAUGCCUCCAAGGGGGCGGCGACGAAGGGGCUCGCCGCCGAGUACGGUGCCCACCAAAUUCGCGUCAAUUCUGUGUGCCCUCUUUUGAGUGGCACUGGACUGUACAGAUUCGAAUCCUUUGCUGGACAUGCCGAUACCCCAGAGAACAGGCUCAAGUUCACCGACAAUGUUCCUCUCAAACGGCUAUGUGAGAUAUCUGAUGUGGCGGACACUUGCCUUUUCUUAGCAUCUGAUGAAAGCAAAUUCAUUACCGGCAUUAAUCUGGAGGUCGAUGGUGGCAGAGCUAUUUGA